AAAACAAAUAACGAAAAAUAAAAGAAAUAGCUCGAAUGCAACUGUAAUACUUAUCUGGCUUCGCUAAAACCCCUACGUCCUGAAAGACUCUGGGGUUUUACAAUUUACAAACUCAUUUUCACCAGUAACCACCAAAAAUGGCGGCUUCACCCCUAAAAAACUUCCUCUGUAACAGUCGCCGCAUCCCCCAUUCUCAAAUCUCCUCUCUCUUCCUCCACCACAAUCGCCGCCUCUUCUCUUCCGACACCACCACGCCUCCUCCACAACCUCCCCCACAACCUCCACAAAUCGAACCCGUCUCCUACGCUCCCAAACCCAAAGCCCCCGAAACCUCAGAAAAUGGUGCUUCUUCUGCUGCUAGUGGUGGUGGUGCCGCAUUUUCUGCUAGGGAUUUCACGCGAGACGAGGCUCGCUUCAUGAAGGAUUCAUCAGUGUCAAUAUCACAAGUUUCGUAUUCCCAGCGGGUGGCCCCACUCCCCGAGGAUCGUGUAGUUUCGGAGGUUGAGGGAACCGACCUAAGGCGAGAGUCCAGAAGGAUCGAUGACAAUAAUAAUCGUUUGAUUCGGAGGGUUUUUAAGGUUGUUGAGGAAGAGAAGGAACUUCCUUUUCCUUGUUUGAUUAAGGUGGAGAAGAAUCAAGGCAAUACAAAGGUUUUUGAUCUUCAAGAUGCCAUUCUCCAAGUCAAGGCUAAUGCUAAGAGGAAUUUCGAUGAGACUCUGGAAGCACAUGUUAAUUUGGGCAUUGAUCGACGCCGAAGUGAUUUGGGUGUUAGUGGUGCUGUUGUUCUUCCUCAUGGCACUGGCAAGAUUGUCAAAGUUGCUGUUUUUGCUGAAGGAGCUGCAGCUGAGGAGGCCAGAGCUGCAGGAGCUGAUAUUGUUGGAGCAGAUGAGCUUAUAGAGGAAAUUAAAACUAGUGGCAAGAUGAAUUUUGACAAAUGUAUAGCGACUCAUUCAAUGAUGCAGCGUGUAACAAAAAUAGGCAGAGUUCUCCGUGGCCUAACACCUAAUGCGAAGAGAGGUACUGUGACCAACAAUGUUGCUGAAGCAGUAAAAGAGGCAAAGCAGGGAUUACUUGAUUUCAGAAUGAAGGAUGCCAUUGUUCAUGUGGGACUGGGGAAGGUGAGUUUUGCAGAAGAGGCGUUGCGUGAGAAUGUUGGUGCGUUUGUGAAUGCUCUUUUGCUUGCAAAGCCUGCAGGAUUAAAGAAGACUUCAAAGUAUGCUGGCUAUGUGAAUUCUUUCCAUCUUUGUAGCACGAUGGGUCCAGGAUAUUCAGUAUCAAUACAGUCAUUAUCCAAAGCUGCUGAUUCUUACAGCAAAUUGCGUCCACAAUAACAAGGAGCUAAUCUUUAGUUACUCCAACCAGUUAUACUAGUUGGCAUGAUGGUUAUAAAGAAGGUAUCAGAUGUAGGACAAACUGAUAUCUACAAGAUUGUCGUCGUAUCUUAGUGGUGAGAGUAAUAGCUUGGACUCGAGGAUAGAUUAGAUUGAUUCUGUUGACCGAUCAUGUCACAGAAUGGUGAUUGUCUGAUUGUUUCUCGAAGCAAAGUGACUAAAGUUUACUAAGAAAAGAAAUAAGUUUGAAUUGACUUGAUUAUAGCUGUUGAUUGUUUUCGUUAUAGGUUAUGAAGUUUCAUAUCUGAGUAUUAUUCCGGAACUACUAUAAGAGCAAAGAGCUCAUUUUGUAUGACAGGUUUCCAUUGACGAGA